AUGGCUUCUUUAAAGGCUCUGACACCGCUUGUCAAUAGCUUGUUUAGGUGCGUAGGCGUUUCGACGUUGGAGGCUGGUGAAAACUCAGCUAUUAGCGGCAUCUCUAGAGCUCUUGGUUUGGAGAUCAUUUGGAUGGUCAACUUAGGAUCCACUUGCGGCCAGAUGCCGCUCUGUAGUCGGUGUGGUCUCGAAGGACGACUGUCGCGUCUCGAGGAGGCUGGGUGGCCAUUUUGUAUCGAUGGAGGCACUGAGACUCUUAAUUGGCUCCUGGGAAAGAGGUCACAGGAAGACAAGACAAGCUUCCUAGGGCCAUGCUCAUGUAGUCACUAUCACCAACCAUCAUUCGGUAUAUUAGACUCACAGGAAAUAUUCCCGCGCAGCCAGCCUCGCAGUCUUACUGCACAAGCUUUAGCUAACCACUUUCUCGUAUUUUUCCUUAUAUUGGGAAAGGCCUUUUGGUACUCGGAUCUCCACAAAUUCUCCACCUCAUCUAAGCCCGAAGGUUAUGCCGAAGAAUUGAGGAAUUCACCCUAUAGACUCUUCGAUACCGAGAUGAGUCACACGACCAUAGAGUCUAUAAUGGACAUCCAUCCAUCCAUUCACACUUCAUACACCUACACUGCAUCCCAAACCUUCAACACGCAAACCACCAACUCCAAGGCCCACGCCAUCGCUUUUAUCACUCUAACUAAAGGAAGGACCGAACGCGUAAAAUCCCCACGAUCUUGUUCCAAAGCUAGGAUCACUCGUCCGACAACUAUGCACUACGCCUACGCUGACGAACCCGGAACACUAGAAUACCGUUUGCUCGGGAAAAACAAACCCUCUGUCGAUUCCUACUCCACUAACGAGCCUAAUUUUGUGAUGGUAGAGCGAUAUGCUUUAAUCACCCCCUCCCUUCUCUAUUUCCUUGUUCUCUCCUCUGAUUGCCCCCCAGCUCCCCUCUUCCCCGUUUAUGCCAGGAAGACCAUAGCUCCUCGUCAAGCCCGCACUAAUCCCCUUCCCAGCUACAAAACCGCGUCCGCAUCCUACUUCCACCGAAGCUUGUCCCUUUUUCUCGGACAGGGAAGACUUUCGCUGAGGAGAUUCUCGCAAAGCCAAUAUUUAUGUUCGAUGGGAGAUUGCUAUUGGGAGUUGGAGGGCGAUAUGGCCAGAAAUAGUAUGGCGAAGCUGGAUGCAUUGGAUCUGUUCAUUUUGGUUGGAUUAGCAUUGGAAAGCGGACUUAGUAUGGACAGUUCGAGAUAUCUACCAGUUAACCAUCCAUAUAAACCCUAA